CGUCAGUGUCCGUAGGAACAACAGUUGCCUAGAAACAACUAUAAACAAAACACACCAGUAGCUAACUGUUUAUAGACAAAACAUUGAUAUAGUAAAGGUGGAUACGUAGUGCAUGUCGUUUCAGUUAACAGGUCUUCCCAAGUUGAUAUAGGAGUUAUCUUCCCCUCUGAAUGCUAAAACAUGUCAGUACCUUUCUCCAACACGCACCUGCGGGUCCCGCGAGGAUUCAGCACCAUCUUGGAGGGGCUGGCCAGAGAAGUCCUGCGAGAUCAGCCCGAAGACAUCCCUAAAUAUGCUGCACAGUACUUCGAUACUCUACUCACACAAAGAGAAGAUAGUGGCAUCGACCCAGCUGAGUGGGCUGCUAAACUGGAAGAUAGAUUCUACAACAACCAUGCAUUCAAGGCUACUGGGCCUAGUCCUGAAAAAGAGCCUUCAGCAAAGAUGACCAUUUCCAAAGAAAAAUCCUAUGAAUCCCAAACUGAAGAUGAAUCAAGCCAUACAGAAGGAGUCUCUAAUGUUUCCACAACACAUCCUACUGUCUCUGAAGAGGUUGAUUCAAGUGAAAGUACGGAAGAAUAUGAAGAAAAACUGGAUAUUACAGAGAAAAAUGUUAUUUCAAUGGCAGAAGGACUCUCAGAGGAGCAAUCAGUAAACGUGCUCCCAGCUACAGACCUACAGCCGGAUGAUCUGAGUGGGACCGAGGAGGAGAAAGACCAAACAAUAACUACAUUCGAUCAAGUUGGCAGGGCAGCUAAUGGAAAAGAUAGCAUCUCUGUUCAAGACCAAGAUAAUACUCAGUCUGAGUUAGAGCCCACCGACUUGUUGUCAUUGAAAGCAAUUUCAAAUGUGUGUUCCCAGGAGUUAGAACCGGAAAAAGAACGUGGAGAUAAUGAACAAAAUAAUUCUGUUGUAGAUAUGGAGAUUAUAGAUCCGGAAGGAGAUCUUAAUUCUGACGCAGAAGAACCAGUGGGAGUAUUUUCAUAUUCUGGGCUAGCUGAUGUGGAUGUGUGUGCUACAGAGCUUGGAGGAACAGAGAGAACAAUGGAAGGAGCCACUGCUGAAAAUGAUGAGGAAAGCUCAAGACCCCAACCUGAGGAGAAUACAGUACAAUCAUUAUUGUCUCACUCUGAAACCCUAGAAUACAAUCAGCAAGAAGAAGACCAAGUUGAAAAAACAGAAGAGGUAGCUUCAUCAUCUGAGUCUUCGUCUGGUGUUAUACAUGAAAGUUUAACUCACAUAGAGGGAGUUUCUGUCAGUAAUGCUAUAACAAAUGAGGAUUCUUUGGUUGAGGUCAACUUUGAAGAUGUUCCAGAGGGUCAGCAGAUUAAAGAGGUUGAGGAGAAACAGCCAGGAGACAGCUCAGUAGAUGUCUUACAGACUACGUUUUUAGAAAUGCAACUGGAGGAAGAGUGCAAAGAGGUAACUGCAGUGGAAACAGAGCAAAAUAUAUCUCAAACACAAGACCACAGUGAACCUGCAAUGAUGGGAGUUGUAGAGGAAAUAAAGUGUGAAGGGGAGGAAAUGGAAAGACAGCACAGGGAAUCUGAUAUAAUGAGCAAGAAGGUAGACACAAAUGAUUCUGAUUUAAAUAAUAGUGGUGUUGAUGGUAAGCACGAAGGUGUUAAAACUAUCAGCUCAUCACAUCAGCCCACCAUCGAUGAAGAGAACUCAGAGAAUGAAAUGGAUCAUGAAAAUGAAGAUAUUAAUGAGAAAGCAGGAGGGAUAAGUGAAGGUGAAUUUCACCAGAAUGAGGGUUGUGAAAAAGAUGAAAAUUCAAACGACGCUGAGGACGAGACAACAGACACGGGUGGAGGCAAAAAAGAGGACGGACUUGCAGAAGGUUAUGGAGACGGGGAGAUUCAAGAAACAAAUGCUGGUGGAGCGGGAAAUCACUCAUCACAAGCUACACGGGAAAAUAUAUCAACUGCUGGAAUAGAGGCCGAGAGGGAAACUUUAGAGGCAAGUACACAUCUACCAGAGGAGAAGGAGGAGAGUCGGAGAACACCUGUAGACUCACAGCUACAGGAUACUGUGGGGGAAACAGAGGUCACAUCAACGGAGAAAGGUCCAGAUGUAAUGGGACUUUUAGAAGAAGAAGAAGUUGAUUCUGAAAUACAAGGGAAGAGGGACACAUUGUGUGAAGAGGGCAUCAGCAGCCCCACUCCAAGUGCUGAUCUGCCAGCUGCAGAAGACGAAGUGCCACCUGCUUCUGAAAAGGACUCCACAGAGCCUGAAGGCAAGAGCAGUGAAAAGGAGGAUUGCAGCCGGCCCCACGAGGAGGAGGACAUCAUGGACAUCCCCCUGGAUGACCCUGAGGCCAACAGGGCUGCUGCCAAGAUCCAGGCUGGCUUCCGUGGGCACAUGACCCGUAAGAAGAUGAAGCCGGAGGACAAAGCGGAAGGGGAGGAGGUGAGCAGCACUGGGGAUGUGCUGAACUGCAGCCAGGGGGACACAGAGACAGGAGGAUCGGGGGCAGUAGAAAGAGACGACACAUCUGUGCCAGAGCAGUGACGCCCCUGUCCUGACCUGGAUGACGAGGAAGAGAGGAAGAGAGAUGGCUGGCGUACGCUGGCUGGCACGUCUUUUUACCCCAGGAGUAAUUUUAUUUUUCAACACAAAUUAGCAGUAGAAAAUGAACCCGCCGUUUGUAGGGUGUGAUAUGUGAAUUUCGUGAACUUUAACACUCCUUCUCUGCUUCUUCAGCAGUAUCAUCAGUACGGAUGUCUUUGACCCAGAAUUUGCAACUCACUGCAUGUACUUGUGAAACUUCUGGUAGUGUGCUAGUUUUUAGAUUGACGAUCUGUGAAUGUGAAAAUGAAUGUCCUCUAAAUGCUAAACACGGCUUAUAUCGGAUGGAUCAGUUCAUCUGUGUGAAGACUUUGUGUGCAUCAGCUUUAGACAUUGUAGUGGCUUAAAUUAUUUGCUCUUUUGCUUUGCUUAUGUUGUGCUUGUAUCUUGACUAUUAUUCACCUAUUUCACUUGCGUACAAAAAUGAUUAAAACAUCUAAAGAGAAGUAGCUAUGUAUGAUCUAUUUAUUUAAUGUCACUUUAUUCACAUUGCAUCUCAAUUUGUUUCUUUUUAUGUCACAUUAAAAUUGAUUUUCUUUUCAUUUUUUAAAGCAUAUUCUAAAAAUCAGAUCUUCCGGAACAUUAAGCAUGCAUUAAAACAAAACAAAAUAUUCCCAGGUGUAUUUGGUACAGCUUUAAGUUAUCAGAAAUUGCUUCAAUAUGCUCCAUUGUUGUGUGAGUAGAUUAGCUGUUUGACGUAUCAGGUGUGUGACAUUCACUAUCAAAGUUUUCCGCCAUGCUUUUAAACUAGUUAAAUAGUACCUUGAUGAAAUUGCUGUAGAGUCAUGUCAUUACACUAAUAAAUCGACCAUAAAUAUACAA